UCUUUCCCAAAUUCGGAAUUCGGAAAUAUUCAAACGCAGAUUAUUUUGGGGAAAAUAUACCCUCUUUUGUUUAUAUUUACAAAUAAAAUGUUUUGGAGACGAUGAAGCCGACAACGCGUAAACGAGCUUGGAACAAUUCGGCUUUUUCACAUCAAUCUACGUUUGAGACCUCUGCUGAUAAAGAGGAUGCGGUAAAUGCUGGUAGCUGUGCUGAUAACAAAAAUGUAAACGUUAAUAAGUCACCAACUCCUCAAAACCUUCAGGUAUCCACAGUUGUAUCUAAAUCUUACAAAACUAAUUCCAACUGGAUUGAUACAUUCGAGCCAGUAAAAAGUGAAGAUGUCGCGGUGCAUCCGAAAAAACUGACAGAAUUGCAAAACUGGCUUUUGCAUUGUGAAGUCGUACGUAAACAGCAUCCUGCACAGAUAUGCCUACUUACGGGACCAUCAGGUUCAGGGAAGACUGCGGCAGUACGCGUUUUGGCACGGUCACUAAAAUAUGAAUUGCAGGAAUGGAUUAACCCAGUAGACCGUGAUUUAGUCAAUACUUUAGGAGACCAAACAGCUAGCUACAUAGGAUCCCAAAUAGAAAACUUUAAGUCAUUUUUGUUUCGCUCCUCUCGAUAUAAAUCCUUACUGGGCGGUGAAAAACGAUUGGUAUUAGUGGAGGACUUUCCCAACCUAAUACUUUCAAGUGCCGAAACUCUUGAAAGUAUUUUAGAUGAGUUUUCAAAGUUUGGAAAAUCGCCACUUAUAUUCAUAGUAACUGAUUCAAAAACUCGUUCCCUUAAUAUAAGUUACAACAUCUUCACCGAGCAGCUUAAAAAUAAGUUUCAUAUAAACCAUAUUUCUUUUAACCCGAUUGCGUUGACUCUUUUACAAAAGGCAAUGAAGAGAUUUUGUACCCUAAUGAAGGAGCCGCAAAUAGUAGAUAUCUACAAAGUCCCUUCGCAAAAUGUUAUAGACUCCAUUAUAUUUGCCGCGCAAGGUGACAUUCGCAAUGCUUUAAUAAAUCUGCACUUUGGGUCAUUGAAAGGAACUACGACUCUGCCUACAGAGCGUGUGGAGUCAGGUGAUAAUAAAGGAAAAUCUAAGAAGCAAGUGUCUAAGCUUAAAACAAUUUGGCGUGAUGAAUCGGUAACAAUGAUGCAUGCUUUAGGACGAGUGUUUAACCCGAAGCGUCUACCUAACGGCAAUUUCGUGCACACUCCAGAAGAUAUUAGCGAAACAUUUGCUUCAGAACCAAAGCGUUUUAUUGAUCUUAUACAUGCUAAUUAUCUUCCACAUUUUGCCGAUAUUGAACACGUUAUUGAGGCAGCAAAUAUGCUAAGCAUUUCUGAUAACAUUAUCACCGAAUAUCGUGAGGAAACAUUAGCACCCACAGCGUUGAAUGUAGCUGUACGAAGCAUGAUGGUAUCGAAUAAAACACCAGUCAGCGUAUGGAUGCCAAUUAGAGCACCAAAACGUCAACAGGAUGCUUUAUGUAAAGCACAGCAAAUACCCAGCGUAUCCAAAAAUUUAUAUGCAACUGAUUUUAAUGGCUAUGUUCAAAUCAUUAAAGGCCCAGGUAAUAUAUAUCAUCCCGAACAAGCAAUAAAAAAUACAUGAUAUGUGUUUAUUUCGAAUUGUGAGAAUCUUAUUUAGUAAUAUAUGAGAGAUUAAGUAUUCGCAUAUUGUAAUGUAGUAAAGUAGAUUGAUACCCUUCUAUAUGUUCUCAAUUAUUAAUAUUAUGAUUGGCCAUUCCGUUUGCAUAAACAUUAAUAGUGCGCCUGAAGAAAGGGUUGUUAUCUUUUAUAAUAAGCAUUUUGUUUCAAUUUAUUUAUAAAUCUUAUAUAGUUCUACGGAUGUUGCAAAAUAAGUUCGUUAACCUAAAAAAUGCUUUAAAUUUAAACACUUCAUUGUAGAGUAAAACUUUCCACGACCUUUGUUGUGGUUAAACUCUCAACUGCAAAAUAAAUAACUUAAAUCUACUUAUAAAAAACGUGUAAUGCAUCGAUUGAGUAGUAAAUGCUGUUAAAGAUAACAUGAUGAAAUUAUAUGCAAAUAAAAAGUAACUUAUUCAGCGUAAUUAACAGUACAUAAAAAUAUUUAAUUUUCAUAGUUUAAUAAAUUAUUGGCAACCCAUAUCUGCCAUGAAUAAAUCGACUAGUCAAAAUGGCACUUUUGAAAAUAUUGAGCUUUUAAUAUUUUGUCCAUGACAUUUUGAUAUUAGGCGCUCCUACCGAACGAUCGUGUCCGAUUCUUCGUGAAAUCUACUGAAACGCUUCAUUGAAUCUGAAUACCUACAUGCCAACAUAACUCAUAAGUACUUUGAAUAGACAAGUGUUCCUUUGCAACAAUUUGGAUGAAAUGUUAGCGUUUUCUUAGAUUUCAUGAAAAUCGGAAAACGAUUGAUUCACCAAUAGCUCCGAUUAAGUUAUAAAAUUAUCAAAAAAUGCUGCGUAGGGGAUGUGUAGCUAAGUUAUGUAUGCAGAUUAGACCACGUCAAAAAAAAAAAAAA